UGAUCUCUGUACUCGAAUUCGUGACGUGGCUCUUACACUAGUAACAAGUUGGCAUGAAGAGGUCGGCUUCAGUCGGCUUUAAUUUCCGUUUAGUGAAUAAUACUGCACACUGCUGCUCUGUUCAGUCUGUACAACUCUACAAAUAGUGGCCGACAGUCCUUGGAAGAAUAUUGCUAAUUUAUUGACAGAAAAGGACAGUUUCACGACGAAACGAAAGUAUCAUGGACAAGUUGGCAAUUUGUGUGUUCUUUGUUGCUGCACUGUCAGCUGCUUGUGCUGAAUUCUGUCAGAAACCAGAAGUAACAGCAUCUGCAUAUGUCACCGAGGAUGCUACAGUUUUGACUACUAUUGCCUUCACCACUCAAUUUACUCUGAAAUGCAGUAAUGGAGCCAAAGGUAUCUCGCUCUAUGCAGAGGUUGAAGGAAGGACUUUGCCAGCAGUUAGGUUGAGUGCAGAUAAUAAAUAUCAGGUCUCUUGGACAGAGGAUAUCAAGAAAGCACGUUCUGGUGACUACAGCGUGAAACUUUAUGAUGAAGAAAGCUAUGCUGCAAUUCGCAAAGCUCAAAGAAAUGGAGAAGACCCUAGUAAUGUCAAACCACUUGCUGUUGUCGUUCUUAACAAUCCAGGAGCAUACUUAGGACCUUGGGUCAAUUCAGAGUUAUUGGCUGCAGUUUUAGCUGCACUGGUUUCAUACACAGCAUUUUCAGCAAAAUCGAAACUUCUGGCUUAAAUAAAAUAGUUGAAACUGUCAGUUUGAACCUUGUUAUUUAUGAAAGAUAAUUUAAAAUAGGAAUGUUUUAUACAAUGUGAGGUGUAUAUUGUGAGAAUAAAAUGUGGAAACAUA